AUGGAGAGCCAGGCCAGCUGCCCACAUCAAGUGUUUGAAACGCAGCCAUGCAAAGGAGGGAAGUGUCAAAGUUACCAGUGGAGGACCGGAGCGUGGAGCAACAACCACAGAGCGGUCUGGUGUCAACGCUCCGACGGCGUCAAAGUCACAGGUGAGCGGCUGCACUUGUCUGAGCACGGACACCUGAGGAGGAGUUCAAGUCACUGA